UAGGAAUUCGAGGACGCUGUGGAGGCUGAACGCCAAAUUAGUGCGCGCAGCCAUCCGGCAGCAAUCUCUUCCGCGCGCAUGUCUCUAGAGAUGAAGAAGUAAUCUUACGAUGCUGGGCUCAGCGACCAUGUUCGUUUCUCUCUAUAAAUCAUGAACCCCAGGACGUUAGAAUCUUCAUCACAGCAUCAACGCACUCCAGCAUCACAAGCUACUCCAUCUACACAUCCUACAAUCUACUUUCCGCAACAUUUAGCUUCUAAUUCCAACUUGAUCCGCUACACCUUUCAAAAUGGUCGCCUUCACCACCCUCGCCUUCGCUGCCACCUCCCUCCUCGGCCUCACCACCGCAGCACCCAACUCCAUCCCCCCGACUGGCGUCAUCCACCGCAUCACCGCCGGCUCCACCGUCGAAAACAACGGCCUCCACUUCGAGCCACAGAAUGUCGUCGCCGCCAUCGGCGACCUCAUCGAAUUCCACUUCCUCCCCAAGAACCACACUGUCGUGCAGUCCUCCUUCGACGCGCCGUGCGAGCCCCUCGCCGACGGCACCGGCAUCUUCUCCGGCUUCAACUUUGCUACGCCUAGCGGCGAGGCACCCAACGUCUUCACCUUCUUGGUUAAGAAUGACAAGCCGUUGUGGUACUACUGCUCGCAGACGAACGGGGACCACUGCCAGAAGGGCAUGAGCGGGGUGAUUAAUCAGAACUUCGAUGGGGAUAAGACGCUCGCUGCGUAUAAGGAGAAGGCCAAGACGGCGGUGACGAAGCAGCCGAGUGAGGAUAAGCUGGCGUUUCAGGGUGGGAGCAUUGUGAAGAAUGUGCCUUUGUAAGCAGGCGAUGGAUCAGUGAUGGGGAAUAGGAUGAUUGAUGGUCGUGGUAAUGGACAAUGGAUUCUCUUCGUUUGACUGGCAUGUUUAGCGACAUUCUCUCGAGCAUAGCGUUGGCGUUGGUUUUGAUAGCAUUACGUUCCUUUUCGACAUGAAUUAACUCAACUUCUUGCACUUAAGAGGCAACACUGUGCAGCUGCACGCAUGUGAGAUUUCAUCGUACAUCAUACCUCGGACCAACGAUCGGUAGAUGCUCGAGUGUUCGAAAUACGCCUCACUGGAACCUGCUUUCAAACAGAGGGGAAGAACAGUCUUCCUCACUCGUCAAAAUCACAUCGUUGGUAUGGUAGGUCCUGGUACAGGUUUGCGCGGGCGUACGGUGUCUCUAGUUCAC